AUAGUUUAUAAAUCAAUUGAAAGGGCUUACGCUAAAAUUCUCCUUUCAUUUUCCUUCUCUCUCACAUCGGCCUCCAUUCAAUCAAAUCCAUCCAUGGCUUCUUCUUCCCAAGCAAGUCUCCUUCUUCAGAAACAACUCAAAGAUCUAUGUAAAAACCCUGUUGAUGGAUUCUCUGCUGGACUUGUUGAUGAAAGUAAUAUUUUUGAAUGGAGUGUCACUAUUAUCGGACCGCCUGAUACUUUAUAUGAUGGAGGUUUUUUCAAUGCUAUAAUGACCUUUCCACAAAAUUAUCCGAACAGCCCUCCAACCGUAAGGUUUACCUCGGAGGUGUGGCAUCCAAACGUUUACCCUGAUGGAAAGGUCUGUAUAUCGAUUCUUCAUCCCCCUGGUGAUGAUCCUAAUGGCUAUGAACUAGCAAGUGAGCGCUGGACUCCAGUUCAUACGGUAGAGAGCAUUGUUUUAAGCAUUAUAUCAAUGCUUUCCAGCCCUAAUGACGAAUCGCCUGCUAAUGUGGAAGCUGCGAAAGAAUGGAGAGACCGAAGAGACGAUUUCAGGAAGAAAGUUGGCCGAUGUGUGAGGAAGUCGCAAGAAUUUGACUGAAUCCAAAGUGGUGAGUCCUUAUGGCUGAUUUGGCCUGUGUGGAACUGCCAUGUUAAGUUUCUUAUUUUAUAUAUCCUUCUACACUCUUGUUUCGCUUUACUUAAUGUUAACGACUUAUGGAAUACGUUCAAAAUGUCAUUUUUUGGGAUGCUUUUUUGUU